GCACCUUUAAAGUAAAACCGUUACUAAACGAAAAUUUUCAUGAAUUGAGUUAUCAAUGCCAUCUAUGUAAAAUAUACGUAAACUACAACAUAAACUUGUCAUUUUUGUAAAAUAUUGUAUUUUACGCCACCUAGCGGUAAAUUAAAGCGUUACUAAACCGAGUUAUGAUCGGCUCGCGAAAUACAAUAUUGUGUCUAUAUCAGUAAGAACAUGUUCGUAGAAGAGUGAUAACGGAAGUUUAAAGUAACAGUGUUAUUAUUUGGAUAAACACGGCUGUAAGUCACAGAAAAGGUCAUGGCGUAUUUACGGAACCCACGUUUGUCACGCAUUUUGGAGGCUAUGGAAUCUAAGAAAGAUUCCGUAAGUACUGAAAACCCCAAACUAAUAUCCAUGGACGACCUGGAUUAUAAUUUUUCACGCGAUGCAAAUCCGAUUACUGUCGAUACUUGUAGAUCUCCUUCUUUAUUACAAGAACAAGCACUACCUCAGUCCGUUAGUCAUACUAUGGAAGCUGAUGUUCAACCAGUUGAUGACGGAAUACCAAAUCCAUAUUUGAGCGGUACUGGUUUUCAAGAAUUAACUCCAGAAGAAGACCUUACCAGACCAGGUCCUAGCAGUAGACCAAGAUCCAAUUCAACUAGCUCGAAAUCAUCUUCAAGUUCAUCAUCAACAAGUUCAUCUUCAUCAUCUUCAUCUAGUGCGUCUGAAUCGGGUAAGGACUUUUCCCCUGAUGAGGCAGAUUGUGAUCCUGAUUAUGUACCAGCAACCCCACCUAGGCGUGUAUUAUUUAGCCCCACUCCUCAAAAUAGUAUCUCUGUACAACUAGUUGAAGAAAAUAAUUUGGGUCCUCCAGAACAAAACAGAACUCCGAACAAACGAAGGCGUAAAGGAUUUCCAAAAGCAUCCGUGAGGCAAGAUGCUAAAAGACUUCGUAAUAGUGGGCAACAAUAUACUUCUGUGUCCCAGUUAAAAAAAGUCAUGCCAAAGAAGCAGAUAGGACCCCCAUGUGGGGAAAAAUGUAGACUAAAGUGCAGCGAAUUGAUCAAACAGGAAGACAGAGAAAUUAUUUUUGACAAUUAUUGGAAAAUGGGAGAUUUAUCUAGACAAAGAGAUUAUAUUGCAAAGUGUAUUAAUGUUAUUACACCUAAGUAUCAAUAUAAAGUACAUAAUAGCAAUAGAGGACCCAAACAUUCAUUUUCAUUCGAGAUUAACAAUAUUAAGCAUCGUAUCUGUAAAACAUUCUUCAAGAACACAUUGGCCAUUAAUAAUCGACCUAUUGCAACUGUAAUAGCAAAAAAGAACCAAGCGGGAACGAUUGAAGAAGAAAAAAGGGGUAAACAUGGAAAACAGUACAAAAUAAGCUCAGAUAUAAUUAAAGGAAUAAAAAACCACAUAGACUCAAUCCCAAGAAUUGAAUCUCAUUAUGUAAGACAACAAACGACUCGUGAAUUUAUUGAUGGGGGUAAAAACCUUACAGAUCUUUAUACCGACUACCAAACACAAUGCUUGAGUGAUGGUGUUGAAGCUGCUAAAAUUCAUACAUAUAGAAAAGUGUUUAAUGAAGAUUACAACAUUGGCUUUCACACACCUAAAAAAGACCAGUGCGAACUAUGCAUUAGCUUUAAAAACGCUGUUGAUAAAACAAUAGAAUUACAAAACAGAUACGACCAACACCAGCUUGAAAAAGAAUUAUGUCGCCAGGAAAAGUCAAAUGACAAAACAAUGGUUAAGGAAAACUACAUUGUUGCCUGUUAUGACCUCCAGGCAGUGUUGCCUCUUCCGAAAGGAGAUGUUUCUACUUUAUAUUACAAGUGUAAGCUCAAUGUUUGUAAUUUUACUAUAAGUGAAUUAGCGAAAGACUAUUGUGAUUGUUUUGUCUGGAGCGAGGUCGAGGCAUUAAGAGGAGCUAACGAAAUAGCAACGUGUGUUUGGAAGUAUUUGACAAAGAGGGCAUCAGAAAUAAAUGACAAUAAUUUACGAAUCACAUUUUAUUCUGAUAAUUGCUGUGGUCAGCAAAAGAAUAAGUUUAUGUUUUCUAUGUAUUUAUAUGCCUUAUCUGUUCUUAAAAUUAAGUCUAUUACGCACAAAUAUUUAAUUAGUGGGCACACACAAAACGAAAACGAUUCUGUUCACUCUGUGAUAGAAAAAGCCGUUAAAAAGUGCUUACGUUCUGGUCCUGUGUACACACCAGAUCAAUACGUGGCCAUUAUCAGAACUGCACGAAAGAAAGGCAAUCCUUACAAUGUUACCGAAAUGUGCUAUUCAGACUUUGUUGAUAUAAAAAAUCUUACAGAGAUAUGCGGUGCUCAAUUUUCAAAAAAUACUGAAGGCGGAACAGUUAAAAUGAGUGACAUUAAAAUAAUGAAAUUUGAAAAACAUCAAGAUUUCAACCACGUUGGCAUUUAUUAUAAAACUUCCUACUCGGAUACAGAUUUCAAAGAAAUACAAUUCCGUAACAAUCGUUCGUCUCGAACACGUACUAGCACUGAUCUUCAAGAUUUCCAGUUGAAGCCUUUAUAUCAGUCUAGAUUAAAAUUAAGUGAUAGAAAAAACAGCGACCUAAAGAGUUUAAUUAACAGUAAUAUAAUACCACAGAGUUACGCAUUGUCAUAUUACAACAGCAUCUUGUUUUAGCAAUACUAAAACGAGAUGUUAUUGUAAUAAGACAACUUAUUAUUGAUGAUUAUUGAUUUAGAAAAACAAUAAGUAUAACAUUAUUUUUAAGUUUUUUACGAGAUUAAUUUUUUAUAUAACAUUUUAUAUGGCAAUAGGUUUGCCUCAUUAUUCUAAUUAAGUGAUACCUACAAGUCAACAUAACUUUGAUUAGCCCUGAGUAGCUUUUGUGGAUAGGGAAAUAAUGCUGUGAUUGUAACUUUGUUAAAUUAAGUAAAAUGCUAUUUCCAAUUGGUUUGUUCCUCGUCAAACUGAUUGUAAAAAUGUAAUAAGAUACAUAACAAGUAGUUAAUAUAGUAAGAUACGUACAUGCUGUGAUUUAAAGGUACAAAUUUCUCAAGACUGAUUGAUAAAUAACUAUGCCAAAUGAUUGUAUGGAUCUCUCUUUAAAUUAUAAUAAAACACUAUUAAUUUUGGAAUGUUUUUUUAUUUGGUAAUAUUAUAAC